UUCAGUCCCUUGCUGCGUUUUGUCAGAGUUUACCAAACCGCUGAAGUUUUUAAAGUGAGCGUGGUUUCUCACCCAGGGUUCGUGGAUCUCGUCGCUUCCAGGCACGUCCAAGAACAGAAGUGUCAGGAGGACCGACAUGGCGCUGCUGGCCCGUGCGAGUGACACCACGGAGGUGAUCCAGCUUCUGGGCGGGUCCGUGACCCUCCGCAGCCUCAACGCAGACGGAAACACAGAUGGAAAUGCAAUAGUCUGGUUUUUUGGGAAUGAACCCAUAGUGACUGUGGAACUUAAGGAUCCUUUUCAACCUGUGUUUCAUAAAGAAGAAUUCCAAGGACAUUUUGCUGUUUCUGAGGGAGGCCGCGCGCUCAGCAUCUCCCAGCUGAGGAUGGAGGAUGCCGGAAUCUACUCUGUAAAAAUCGGGGAUGAAACAUCCACCUUCACCCUCCAGGUGUUCGGGGAGCUGGCAGAGCCCACGGUGACGUGCGAGGCCCAGAACUGCUCGGACGGGAGCUGCAGCUUCUCCCUGCGCUGCUCCGUGCCCGGCGCCGGCCUCGGGAACGUCUCCUACAGCUGGAGGGUGCGGGAUCGGCCGCAGGACGGGGGCUCCGUGGUGCUGUGGGUGAACGAAUCAUCCCGGGAGGAGCCGGAGCCGCUGACGUGCACGGCACGGAACCCCGUCAGCAGCAGGAAUGUCACUGUCACCACCCCUGGGGUGCUCUGCUCUGCAAACACCACGCACCCUCCCAGCCCAGGUGCCCACUCCGGCAGUUGGAUCAGGAUCGGCGUCAUAGCCGGGGUUGAAGUUGCAUCACUUUUGUCGAUUUUCCUCGUGUUCUACUGCAAAUCCAAAGGUCACUGACCGGCCCCACGCGGCCAGGCUGGGCUGAGAUUCCUGCCACAGCCGGGCCGUGCCACCAGGACUGUCCCCAACACCCCGAGCAGCCACGCGGCCACGACCAGCGCCAGGAGCGGCCUCGUGGCCAGCACUGGAGGUGGCCCCAAAAUCCAGAGCGGCCACGAGGCCGAGAUUGUCCGGCCAAAAUCCUCAUGGCCGGGGCAGCGCCGCGCAGCUGGACUUUGUUUGCUUCACGGAAAUUAAAAUUAAAAGCCAGGAAAGAGCUGCUUCUUGUGGAGAAGUCUCCAUGGCGUGGCAAGAGACACUCCUCAAGAGAGCUGAAGAAAGGCUGUUUUGAGUUGGUAAACGGACUGAAAGUCCCAGGUUUUGUCUCUUUACGUUG